UCAUCUUACAACCAUAUCCCUAACAAAAGACAUUGACUUGACGAACUCUUUCUGUUAAGCUUAUAUAUAUAUUCUCUGUUUAUCUUCCACAGAGUAUACAGACAGUAGUCUUCGUUAUUUUUCCUUGGGAAGUGAGAGAGAGUAUGGAGAGAUCUCUAAGGCUUUUGUUAGUAAUAAUUGCAAAAUUGGCCAUAAUUCACCUUGUUCAAGCUCAGAACCAACAAGGGUUUAUUAGUUUGGACUGCGGACUACCCGCAGAAUUCCCUCCUUAUAAUGAUCAGAAAUACGGAAUACAGUACUCUUCGGACGCAGCAUUCAUCCAGAGUGGAAAAAUUGGUCAAAUCCAGGCAGAUCUGGAGAAAACUUACCGGAAGCAGGCAACAACGCUGAGAUACUUUCCAGAUGGAAUACGAAACUGUUACAAUCUAAAUGCUGAGAAGGGAAGAAGUCAUCUGAUCAGAGCUAGGUUUGUAUAUGGAAAUUAUGAUGGUCGUAACACUAUCCCCAAGUUUGAUCUGUAUCUUGGACCUAAUCUAUGGGCCUCGAUAGAUUUGAAUGGAAAUCGUUCACGGGAAGAGAUCGUGCACAUCCCAACAUCAAACUCGUUGAAGAUUUGUCUUGUUAAGACUGGGAAAACUACACCAAUCAUCUCGACCUUGGAAAUCCGUCCCUUGGGACCCGAGACUUAUAUCACCGAGCCCGGUUCUCUCACUUCUUUGAAACUGUACUCUCGAUAUUAUCUUAACAAAUCCGAGAAUGCUACUACAUUAAGGUACCCGGACGAUGCCUAUGAUCGACGAUGGCGUCCGCAUUUUCAGUCGGAGUGGACGCAAGUAUCCACCACUAGCAAUGUUGACAAUUCCAACGGUUAUGAUCCACCAAAAGCCGCACUUUUAUCUGCCGCCAUACCUACUAAUGCCAGUGAGCCAUUGACGAUUACAUGGGAGGACACAUAUAAUGACCAAUAUUACGUGUAUACGCACCUUUCGGAGAUCCAAGAGUUGCAGGCGAACGAAAAUAGGGAAUUCAUCGAGUUAUGGAAUGGAGAAAUUACAUCGUCUAAACCUGAAGUUCCUCCCAAGUUAGAAAUAUAUACGACCUACCCUGAGUCUCCAAUGACCUGUGAGGAACAAAUCUGUAGUUUUCAGCUGAUAAGAACCAGCCAAUCAACUCUUCCGCCUCUACUUAACGCUAUUGAGGUCUACACUGUUGUCAAUUUUACGCACUCCGAAACAAUCGAAAACGAUGUGAUGGCUAUAAACAGUAUCAAAGACGCCUAUGGAUUGAAUAGGAUCAACUGGCAAGGUGAUCCAUGUGUCCCUCACCACCUUAUUUGGGAUGGUUUAAGCUGCAGCUACACAAAUAUCUCCACACCACCAAGAAUUACUUCUUUAAAUUUGUCUUCGACUGGUUUAACUGGAACCAUAGCAGCUGCCAUACAAAAUCUUACGCAACUUGAAAAACUGGAUUUGUCAAAUAAUAAUUUGAGUGGAGGAGUGCCGGAGUUCCUAGGCAAUAUAGAAUCGUUGACGGUCAUAAACUUACGCGGAAACAAUCUUUAUGGUUCAAUUCCUCAAUCUCUUCAAAAGAAAGGGCUAGAGCUAUCCGUUGAAGGAAACCCAAGGCUUUGUGUCUCUGACUCAUGUAAAAAGAAAUUUCCUUUGGCAAUUGUUGCAUCAGUUGCUGUUGCAAUCAUUGGCAUUGCUAUACUAGUUCUUUUUCUUGUACUCAGAAAGAAAAAGUCAAUAGUUGAAGAAGUUCACCUGCCACGGAUGAGAUCAUCAGUGAAUGCUACAUUUGCUAAUAAGAACAGCAGAAGGUUCACAUAUUCAGAAGUUAUCAAAAUGACAAAUAACUUCCAAAGAGUUUUAGGUAAAGGAGGGUUCGGCAUGGUGUAUCACGGUUCGGUAAAUGGCUCUGAACAAGUUGCAGUUAAACUUCUCUCUCAAUCUUCAACUCAAGGCUAUAAGGAGUUCAAAGCAGAGGUUGAUCUUCUUCUGAGAGUGCACCAUACAAAUUUGCUGAGCCUCGUUGGAUAUUGUUAUGAAGGAGAUAAUUUGGCCCUCAUCUAUGAGUUUCUGCCCAAUGGAGACUUAAAACAACAUUUGUCAGGCAAAGGAGGUGGAUCCAUUAUCAGCUGGAGUACUCGACUACGAGUAGCUUUAGAAGCAGCACAAGGUUUGGAGUACUUACAUAUUGGAUGCAAACCGCCGAUGGUUCAUAGAGAUGUCAAAACCGCCAACAUUUUGCUAGACGAGAGUUUUAAGGCCAAACUCUCUGAUUUUGGACUCUCAAGAUCUUUCCAAUGUGGAGGAGGCGAAUAUCAAGAUGCAACCGCAAUUGCUGGUACUCUUGGAUACCUUGAUCCCGAAUAUAACCAUUCAGGUCGAUUGGAUGAGAAGAGUGAUGUCUACAGUUUCGGGAUCGUUUUAUUGGAGAUGAUCACAAACCAACCCGUGAUUAAUCAAACCCCUGAAAAAUCUCACAUAACACAAUGGGUUGGGUUUCAGAUUAACGGAGGUGAUAUUCUUCAGAUUAUGGAUCCGAACCUUGGCAAGGAUUAUGAUAUUAACUCUGCUUGGAGAGCUCUUGAACUGGCAAUGUCAUGCGUGAAUCCUUCUUCCUCAAAACGACCAUCCAUGUCUCAGGUUAUUAGCGAGCUUAAAGAGUGUAUUGUGUGUGAAAACUCAGGGAUAAGUGCGAAUCGAGGCUUGGAAUCUCAAGAAAUGGACGUUGGCUUGGAAACUACGGUGGUUCCCAUGGCAAGAUAGUUCUGACUUCUGAGUGUUGUUACUUGUGGUAUUAAUAAGUAAUCAAUACUUAAACUAGUUACAUAUUAAGCAAAACUUGUAAACUAGUUAAAGAGUAUUGAUUUAAGUGUGUAACUCUGUAUGGUCUUAUAGAUAAACUCGACGUCAACAAAUUUCA